UGCGCGUAACCGCGGGUGCGUGCGAGCGCUCUAUCCAACGCUGUCCUUUUUUUAUCUUGUGCGCGCACGUGUGUGGAUUUUAGUGGAUUUCUUGUCUAGAUCAUCCACCGUGCCUCGAACUGCAGAAUGGCUCAAAGCAAACUAGAUACCACUGUAUGGUUUUUUAUUAUUUCUCUGUUCCUGUUGGCAUGGAGUUUGCAGGAGGUUUCCAGCGUGCGCGGAUUUGACAGCCAGGGACUGACCUACGGUCACAGGUCCGAGCUCACGGAGGACGCGAUACUGGUGGCCAACAACGGGAUCCGGGUUCCUUUCGGCAGAUCCGUGUUCAUCGACCCGAUUAAUGAUUUAGUCUUGCAGGUUCGACCUGGAGACAAGUGCAUCAUCACAGUCCUGGACAAUGAUCCUUUAUCGCAGAAACCGGGUCAGCUGAGCCCGAAAAAGUUCCCAUGCGAGUUCGGACCCAGUGAUGUGAAAUACUCUCACUUCGGAUCCCGGAGUCCAGCUAAAGACAGAGUCCGACUCCAGUUAAGGUAUGACACACAGACUGAUACCGUCAUCAUCCCAUUCAUGAUGGAGGUUGAAGUGAUUUUUACUCAGCUGGAAAUCCUGAUCAAAAACAUGCCUCUAACUGUUGACAAGCUUCUGGGAACAAGUAACCCUGUUGAUAAGAAGAUCCUGGAGUUCACUUUUGACAGAAACAUGUACCAGUGCAAAGUGACUUCACUUGCCGGAACAGGGGUUUUGCCCAGGUACGGAAAGCUUGUUGAUGAAGGUAAAUUAGGUAAAAUGUUUGACUGUGAUGAAUUUCUCAGACUGAACAUUCGCUAUCAGCAUACUUUCGCUCAGCGCUCUCCAAACAGAGAUUACAUCCCCAUGUAUGUAGAGCUACAGGACAAGGAGAGUAAUGUCAUGAAACAGGAGUUUUUCCAAAUUAUGGUGCGGAUCAAAGAAGGCGAGGAAAACACGCCGCCUAAACCUAGCUUCAUCUCCAUGAUGAUGAUGGAAGUGGACCAGUUUGUGAUGACCGCUAUAACCCCUGACAUGCUCGCUGCGGAGGACAUCGAAUCUCCACCUGAUGACUUGAUAUUUAACAUUACCUCUCCUCUGUCGUUCGAGGAAGGCUAUAUUGUUAGUACAGAUGAUAGGAAUUUACCCAUUACAUCCUUCUAUCAGGGAGACCUGAAGGAUCUUAAAAUAGCAUACAAGCCUCCGUCUGAGGACUCGGAUGCUGAGAGAAUUUUCCAAAUUGAGUUUGUAGUUGUAGAUACAGAGGGAGCUGUUUCAGAUCCUUUCGCUUUUAUGAUCGUUGUUAAGCCUAUGAACACUCUGGCUCCUGUUGUGACUCGAAACACAGGGCAGCUGCUCUAUGAGGGACAGACUAGGUCACUGUCUAGCUCACAAAACCUGCAGAUAAGCGAUGAGGACAAUUUACAUGAUGUCAGAGUGACAGUGAUUGAUGGACUGAGGCACGGUGAGCUCACUGUGAUCGGCUCCAGGAGUAAAUUCUUCACUGUGGCAGAUCUGGAUCAUGGAUCUGUCAUCUACCAGCAUGACGGCAGCGAUACCUAUAGCGACAAUAUCAUUUUCCGCAUGACAGACGGCAGACACGAAGUGGAAUUCCUUUUCCCUAUAACCGUAGUGCCGACUGAUGACGAACCGCCGAUUAUCAACGCCAACACUGGUUUGGUGAUGUUCAAAAAUCAGAUGAUACCCAUUUCUCCUUUAAUGCUCAGUGCAGCCGAUAUCGACUCUGAGGAUUCAACAAUUAAAUUUAUCCUGGAGGAGCCGUUCUCAAGUAUAGGAGAGGUGCUUCUUCGUCAGCAGGAUGCUCCAGAAGACCCGUCCACUUGGAGGUUCAAUUCUGAGGAUGAGAUGUAUGAGAAAGUAGUGACAGAGUGGCUCCAGCAAGACAUUACCGAUGGAAAGCUGUUUUACAGACACGCUGGCCCGCAUAACACUAAAACCAUCAUGGAUCAGUUCGUUUUCCGAGUACAGGAUGACAACGACCCGCCAAAUAAGUCUGGACAGAACUCUUUCGUUAUCAAAAUUCUCCCCAUCGAUGACAUCCCUCCUGAGCUUUACCCAGACACAACACAGCAGCUCACGGUACAUGAAUAUCAGCUCACUUUCUUCCGCAAGAAAUUCUUACGUUACACUGAUUUAGAUUCCGAGGACAGGGAUUUGAAAUAUAUCAUCACUCAGCCUCCCAGAGACACGGAUGAGAACAACCCUGUUAUUUUAGGAGCCAUUGUUCUGACAGAAAGCCCAAACUUAGAGGUUACAGAGUUCACUCAAGCGCAGAUAAAUCACCAUAAAAUAGCAUACAAGCCACCUGAUCAGGAACUGGGUAUAACUCCACGUGUAGUGCAGUUCCAUUACACGGUUGAGGACACAGCAGGAAACAGCGUCGAUGGAGAGUUCACUAUUUUCCUGCAGCCUGUUGACAACAAACCACCCCAGAUUACUAACACAGGGUUCACGGUGUUGGAGCGAGGCAUGCAUGUAAUCACCCGCACCGAGCUUGACACCACCGACCCAGACACGGACAACACAAAGAUCACCUUUACGCUCACUCAACCUCCUCUGCAUGGCCAGAUACAGUACGUAUUUACCGACCUGACCAAAGGGGAUUCGUUCAAUCUGGAUGAUGUUUCUCACGGCAGGAUCUCCUACUCUCACAACGGAGAUGAGACGACAAACGAUAUCUUCCAGCUCGACGUGAGCGACGGUGUCCACGUUGUAACUAUUACCAUUAAGAUAAAUGUGAAGCUCAUCGACGACGAAACUCCAACUAUAAGCUUUCCGGAAGGUACCAUCGGCUCUUAUAUUGAUGUUUUAGAGAACGGUGCUACAGAAAUUACAUCUAAUGUCAUUCAGGGACGAGAUGAAGACACCGAUGACCUCAGGUUGACCUUUAUAGUAGAGGAUCCACCGGUUUUUGGUGAAAUAUUGGUCAAUGGCGUACCAGCCAACAGAUUUACCCAAGCCGACAUCAUCAGUGGAUUAGUCAUUUACGCACACACGAGUGGUGAGAUUGGCCUGACAACAAAAGAGGACUUCUUUAAUUUGACCCUGACGGAUAUGUCCGACGAGUGGACCGUUGGCGGUAAUAGAAUAAAAGGCGUCCGAGUACAUGUGACUAUCCUGCCAAUAGACAGUCAGGCUCCUCAGGUGUUUGUCGGUCACCAGUUCAGCGUUGUCGAAGGUGAGAAAAAUGUCAUUCAAAUAGCCCAUAUUAGCGCUUCUGAUAUCGACACUCCCAACGAUGACCUGUUGUGUACUAUUAUUGUUCAGCCUACAUCUGGCUACUUGGAAAACAUCUCCCCUGCUCCAGGGUCAGAGAAAUCCAGGUCGGGAAUGGCUAUCAGCGCAUUCACCAUUAAAGACAUUAAGCAAAAUCAUAUACAUUACGUGCAAAGCAUUCAUAAAGGAUUGGAACCUGUGGAGGACAGAUUCACUUUCAGGUGCUCAGAUGGCAUCAAUUUUUCUGAGAGACACUUCUUUCCGAUCGUAAUUAUCCCGUCUAACGAUGAAAAGCCAGAAAUCCAUAUGCGAGAGUUUGUGGUGAUGGAAGGCAUGAAUGUUGUAAUUGACACUCCAAUACUGAAUGGUGUCGAUGCUGAUAUUCCCUCAGACGAGCUGACGUUUAUCGUUACUAAACCUCCAAAACAUGGUUUCAUUAUUAAUCAGUUAACCACUGGUACUCUUCCUGUGACUAACUUUACUCUAGACCAAAUAAGAGAGGCUUCCAGUAUUGUUUACGAGCAUGAUGAUUCAGAAACCACAGAGGACAGUUUUAAAGUGCUUCUCACUGAUGGCAAGUUUACCGUGGAAAAGACUGUUCUAAUUAUGGUUAUCCCAGUGGAUGAUGAAACACCAAGAAUGGCUAUCAAUGAUGGCCUAGAAAUAGAAAUAGGAGAGAUCAAAGAUAUCACCAACAAAGUUUUAAAAGCCACUGAUCUGGAUACAAAGGACAGCACGCUGACUUAUGUCAUCCGAUACGGCCCCAAUCAGGGAAUCCUGCAAAAAAGGACGCCAUUUGGAACGCUCCAAAACAUAACCAUUGGAAUGAAUUUCACUCAGAAUGACAUUGAUGAAAACCGGAUUAUAUAUGUUCAUAACGGACAGGAAGGAGUACGUGACCUCAUCAAAUUCGAUGUCACGGAUGGCAUCAAUCCAUUGAUUGACAGGUAUUUCUAUGUAACGGUCGGUGGAAUAGAUAUGGUGUUCCCUGAUGUUAUUAGCAAAGGCGUUUCUCUUAAAGAAGGAGGUAGAGUGACGCUAACCACAGACUUGCUCAGCACUAGUGAUCUCAACAGUCCGGAUGAGCACUUGGUCUUCACCAUCACCCGAGCUCCCGUGAGAGGUCACCUGGAGUGCACUGAUACACCAGGCAUGCCCAUUAGCUCCUUCAGCCAGCUCCAGCUCGCUGGAAACAAGAUCUACUACAUCCACACGUCUGAUGACGAGAUUAAGAUGGACAGCUUUGAGUUUGAAGUGACGGACGGUUACAACCCAGUGUUCCGCACUUUCCGCGUUUCCAUAACGGACGUGGACAACAAGAAGCCUGUGGUCACGAUUCACGGGCUGGUUGUUAACGAAGGGAAGAGCAAGCUGAUUACACCCUUUGAGUUGACCGUGGAGGAUCGUGACACCGUCGACCAACUCCUAAAAUUCACCAUCACCCAGCCGCCCGUUCAUGGAAAGCUGCUGUUUAACGACACCCGAAGCAUCACGUCCUUCACCAAGCAGGAUCUCAACGAGAACAGGAUUAGCUACAAGCACGACGGGACCGAGUCUACUAUCGACAGCUUUUCUUUCACCGUCACAGACGGUACUCAUUCGGACUUUUACGUCUUUCCUGAUACGGUUUUCGAGACUCGCAAACCCCAGGUGAUGAGAAUCACAGUUCUUUCUGUGGACAACGGUAUUCCACAGAUUGUAGUCAACAAGGGUGGGACGGCUUUGAAAAUGCUGCCCGGUGGUCACCUAGGAUUUGUGAUCACCAGUAAAGCGCUGAAGGCUGAGGACAGAGACAGUCCACAUGGAGCUGUAACAUUUAGAAUAACAGUCGGUGCAGAACAUGGCUACCUUAUCGACCUGGGCAAGGGAAAUGCCACCAUUACCACAUUUACUCAAGCUGACAUUGAUGACAUGCACUUAUGCUACGUUCUUCAAAAUGGAGACAACGCUACCAGUGACGUCUUCCAUUUCUCCAUCGAAGACAACGGAGGAAAUAAGCUGAAAAACCAGCAGUUCAGGCUGACCUGGGCUUGGAUCUCUCUGGAGAAAGAGUAUUACAUGGUGGAUGAGGAGGCCAAGUUCUUGGAGGUGGUCUUGAGACGGAGGGGUUACCUCGGCGAGACCUCGUUUGUCAGUAUUGGAACUAAAGAUGGCACAGCAGAGAAAGACAAAGAUUUUCGUGGCAAAGCCCAGAAACAGGUCCAGUUCAACCCAGGCCAGACCACUGCCACCUGGAAGGUUCGGAUCCUCGAUGACCACCUGUACGAGCAGACAGAAACCUUCCAGAUUGUUCUGUCUGAGCCUGUGAUGGGUGCGCUCGAGUUCCCCCAGACAGCUACAGUGGAGAUAAUCGACCCUGAAGACGAGUCCACGGUGUUCAUCCCUUCAGCUACGUACUCCGUUGAGGAAGACGUCGGAGAGUUCCUGAUUCCUGUUCGCCGGUCUGGAGAUGUGAGUCAGGAGCUGAUGGUCAUCUGUUUUACUCAGCAAGGCACGGCCACUGGCACCGUCCCCACUACAGUGCUGUCUUAUUCGGACUAUAUCUCACGUCCAGAAGAACAUAUCAGUGUUCUACGCUUCGACCGAGAUGAAAUAGAGAAGGCAUGUCGUGUGGUGGUGAUCGACGACUCACUGUAUGAGCCUGAGGAAACCUUUAACGUCACCCUCAGCAUGCCCAUGGGGGGUCGCCUCAGCCAGAAAUUCCCCACCACCAGGAUCACCAUCCUGCCUGACUCCGAUGACGCACCCGUGUUUUAUUUUGGAGACACGGAGUACCAUGUGGACGAGAGCGAUGGCUACGUGGAGGUUCGGGUUUGGAGAACAGGAUCUGACCUGUCCAAGAUGGGAACAGUUACAGUGCGCUCACGGAAAACCGACCCCGUUUCAGCUGAAGCUGGUGAGGAUUACGUAGGAAUCAGUAAGAACCUGGACUUUGCACCAGGCGUCAGCAUGCAGACGGUCCGCAUCACCAUUCUGGAUGACCUGGGUCAGCCCGUGCUGGAGGGACCCGAGAAGUUCGAGCUCGUCCUCCGCAUGCCCAUGAACGGCAUUCUGGGAGAGCCGAGCAAAGCCACCGUGUUCAUCAACGACUCGGUUUCAGAUUUGCCAAAGGUACAGUUCCGAGACGCUACAUACACAGGUAAAGAGAACGACGGAAAGAUUACGGCUAUCAUUUACCGCAGUGGAGAUCUGAGAUACAGGUCCAGCGUGCGCUGCUACAGCCGUCAGGGUUCUGCUCAGGUCAUGAUGGACUUCAACGAGAGACCCAACACGGACGCUUCAGUUAUCACGUUCCUACCAGGGGAAGUGGAGAAGCCUUGUACUCUCGUUCUAGUCGAUGACACGGAGCACGAGGAGGUAGAGGAGCUCAGGCUGGUCCUGGGAAGCCCUAAAAGCGAGUCUCCGUUCGGGGCGUCUAUAGGAGCUCGAAAUGAGACACUGGUCAAGAUUAAGGAUGAUGCUGACAAGGCCAUCAUCAGGUUUGGGCUUACCAAGUUCAGCGUGAGUGAACCCAGUGAAUCCGGGCAAGUGUCUGUGGUGAAGGUGCCAGUGCUGCGAGUUGGAGACACCUCCAAAGUGUCGGUGGUGAGAGUGCACACUAAGGACGGCUCAGCGACAUCCGGAGUGGAUUAUCACCCGAUAUCACAGGAUAUUGAAUUCAAGGAAGGAGAAACUGAACACACGGUGGAAGUUGAGAUCCUGUACGACGGCGUGCGUGAAAUGAGGGAAGCGUUCAUGGUCCACCUGAAACCCGAUGAGAACAUGGUGGCUGAGAUUCAGAUGACCAAGGCUAUCAUCUACAUCGAGGAGGGAAACAGCAUGGCAGAUGUGACGUUCCCUUCUGUGCCAGUAGUCAUGUCAUUGCUGCAUUACGAUAACCCUAUCGGUGCCCCAGUGAGCCGACCGCCCGCUGGCUACCCAGUCCUCUGUGUCACAGCUUGCAAUCCCAAGUACCCCAACUUCGAGCGCACCGGCUUCAUCUGUGCAAGCGAACACAUCAACAACACGCUGACCCGUUACCGCUGGCUUGUUAGCGCCCCCGCUGGGCCCGAUGGUGUAACCACUCCUAUGAGGGAAGUGGACUUCGAGACCUUUUUCACCUCGUCCAAACGCAUCACGCUGGACUCUGUGUAUUUCCAGGCAGGAUCACGUGUUCAGUGCGCAGCCAGGGCUGUGAACUCCAACGGAGAGGAGGGGCUGGAGUUUAGCAGCUCCAUCGUUUCCAUUAGUGUGGAGGAGGGUUUGUGCCAACCUCGUGUCAUAGGCGCUGUGGGAGCUGAGCCUUUCUCAGCUAAACUCCGCUACACCGGGCCAGAUGACCAACAUCAUCCCAACCUCAUCAAACUCACCGUCACCAUGCCGCACAUAGACGGGAUGCUCCCUGUGGUCUCCACUCGUCCUCUCUCCAACUUCGAGCUGACGCUCAGUCCUGAUGGAACCCGGGUGGGAAAUCAUCGCUGCUCCAACCUGUUGGACUACAGCGAGGUCCGUACGCGUCACGGUUUCAUCACCUCAGACAUCCGUAGCCCCGAGACCAUCGGCAGCACGGCGCCUUAUCAGUACAGCACCACGUUAAGAGGAGAGAACACGCUACGCUUCUACCGCAACCUUCACCUGGAGGCCUGUCUCUGGGAGUUCAUCAGUUAUUACGACAUGUCCGAGCUGCUUAGUGACUGCGGCGGGUCGAUUGGGACAGACGGGCAGGUGCUGAACCUUGUGCAGUCGUAUGUGACAUUGCGUGUGCCGCUCUACGUGUCCUACGUGUUCCACUCUCCGGUGGGUGCCGGAGGCUGGCAGCACUUUGACCUGCAGUCCGAGCUCAGGCUUACCUUCGUCUACGACACGGCCAUCCUGUGGAGAGACGGAAUCGGCAGCCCGCCUGAGGCCGAGCUUCAAGGCUCGCUCUAUCCCACCAGCAUGCGUAUUAACGAACAAGGUCGCUUGGUGGUUAACUUCCGCACAGAAGCUCGCUUCAGGGGUCUGUUCGUGACGUCGCACGCCGCCUCCCCUCUGACCUCCAUGAUUAUGUGCAUGGAUCACCCCGGGCUGACCUUUAACCUCAGCCUGGUGAGAAGCGAGCCCACCUACAACCAGCCCAUGCAGCAGUGGACGUUUGUCUCCGACUUUGCAGUGAGAGAUUAUUCCGGUACCUACACGGUGAAGCUGUUGCCAUGUACUGCCUCUCCGAGCCUGGAGUACACACUGCCUCCGGUGUGCAAUCCCCGAGAGCCUGUCGCAUUUGACCUCGACAUCCGCUUCCAGCAGGUGAGUGACCCUGUAGCUGCAGAAUUCAGCCUGAACACACAGAUGCUGUUACUCUCAAAGAAGACUCUGUGGUUGUCUGACGGCUCCAUGGGAUUUGGGCAGGAGAGCGACACUGCAUUCUCUGAGGGUGACAUAGUCUACGGCCGCGUUAUGGUGGAUCCUGUGCAGAACCUCGGAGACUCCUUUAUCUGCAACAUCGAGAAGGUGUUCCUGUGUACGGGGGCAGAUGGCUAUGUGCCAAAGUACAACCCUGACAACUACGAGUAUGGCUGUUUAGCAGAUGCUGCAUCACUUCUCUACAGGUUCAAGAUCAUUGACAAAGCUCAGCCAGAGACUCAGGCUAGGUCAUUUGGGAGCGUUAGCUUCAACGCUCUCCUGGCAGUUGAUGACCCGGAAGCUCUGUCACUAGUGAGGCAGCCCGGUUCGGACGGCUUUAGGCUGGACUCCACACCUCUGUUUCAGGUAGCUGCAGGCAGGGAGUGGUACAUCCACACCAUAUACACCGUCCGCUCCAGAAACAACGCAAACCGAGGCAUCGGAAAAAGGAGUGUGGAGUACCAUCACAUCACGCAGCACCACUCCUCACGUUCCAGAAGGUCUGUCAGCAGCGUUCCGGCUUUGGCUGAGGAGAUUGGGGAGGAGAACGAGCGAGGAACCAACAUCCUGCAUGUGGCUCUGGAGCGUAGCACCCAGCACCAGCUACGACCCAAAGUCAACAUCCAGAGCGUAGUUGUUACCACAGGGUCCAAGCCACAAGACAUCGAGGACAACGACAUGAUAAUGAUCGUAGGGAUUUUAGUCGGUCUCAUCUUGACUGUCGUUCUUCUCGUGCUUGUGUUUUUAGUGGUGCGCUCCAGGAACAAGAAGGAGAAAAUCAACGAGCCUCCGAAGGUCUCCAGCAGCACAGAGCCCAUGAUGACGCACAGCUUUGACAGUAACGACAGCUCAGAGGUGUGACCGUAUUUUGCAGACGCUCAUUAGAACUGUUUUGCAAGUGCUUCUUAUUUAAGUAUUAAUACUUGAAGUGACUGAAGAGAGUUUGACUGACUUGCACAAACUCAUAGAUGAGGUCAGCUUAGUUCAAGUGUCGCUGUCUCGAGGAGUUGGCUUCUCUCAAGACUCUGGAAGCACUUUUUGUUUCCGUUGUUUAACAAUUUUAAAGGAAGACUUGAAGCCAGGUUUUAGCAAACGAGGCGCUUAUUGUGUAAUACUGCUUGGACCAUGGUCUUUUAUUUUUAUUAAUUAUUAUAAAUAUUAUUUUUGCAUUCAAAGGUGCUAGACACUCUCCUGGCUAUCAGGCUAAGGAGUUGAGCUGAAUUAAGAGUGUUUUUUUUUUUUUUCUUCAUUCGUUGGUUGGUUCAUUCAUUCGUUUAUUCAUUCGUUUGUAAAGGAUCGUUAUUGUUCUAUCGCAUUAUAUUAUCACUUGUUAUUACAGCGUUACAGGAUUAUUUUUUUUUUUGUAUUUUUUUACAAUAUUAUUUUUUAGUUUGUAUACAACAUUUUAAACCUUUUCCAUUAUAAAUGCAGUACAGCACAAACUUUUUCAAUAUCACCUCUUCACUAUGGGUUGUUUGAGGCUUGAUUUAUCAAGCGUACAUUCUCUGUAUAAUAUUGUAAAUUUCAAAAUUUGAAAGAAGUGCGAAUGAAUUUUAGGUACCGUAGUAGUGUAUUUUCUACGUCUUGGUCCCUGACUGACUGCAAUCAUUUGCUGGUAUUGAACAUGGUAUGAUUAGAUUACAGUGUGUGAAUCCGCAAGACAGAUGUUUUUCAUUAGUCUGAUGUAACAGAGUACAUCCUAAAUGCUAAGAAUUUGAAGGAAUCAGAUAAUUUACCCAAUUUAUACCUUACAAAGGAGUCAUUACAACAUUAUAACUGAUGUAACCUCGAGCAAAUGAUGAUGAUUAACAUGACACAUAUAUGUGACAUAUAACACCGUUACUUUGUCUAAUGGCAUUAUUAUUACCCAAUCAAGUGAAUCUAGCAUGUUCUUGGCUAAUUAGCGGUUCGCAAGAGUAAGUAAAUGCUAAGUUGGCAAGCCUAUUCAUUUUAAAUACAAGUUAAAAAGCUGGAAAAACAAACUGAAUUUACAUUUAUGGCAUUUGGCAGUCACUCUUAUCCAGAGUGACUUACAUUUAUCUCAUUUAUACAGCUGAGCAAUUGAGGGUUAAAGGCCUUGCUCAGGGGCCCAGGAGUGACAGCUUGGUGGCCCUGGGAUCUGAAAUAACGACCUUCUGAUCAGAAGUCCAAGCCUUUAACCACUGAGCUACCACAUCCCCACAAUUAAUUUGAUUAAUUUAAUCAAUUAAUUGUUGCGUUAGCCAAUUAUCUUUAACGCUUGCAGUAUUUUAGUAGUAUAUUUUCGAUCAUAAUUGGAAAUUCAGUCAGCUGUAUUAACUGCUGAAUAGUAAAGUGUGUCCUACUAUUUGGACACAUUUUUAACAUCAGUGAUUUGUUUAUUUUGAGGAUUUUGCACACACACACAGGUCAUUGAGGUACUUUUUGUACACUAUAUACUUACACUGGAGUUGGGUUUUUGUUUUUGGUAGUGUACACUGUGUUAGCUGUCGUAGGAAAAUAAUCAACAACAACCCGGUGUGAUGCGGCUCAGCAGGAUGUGGGGUUACCUUUACCACCCUGAAGUUAAAUCUUUUCCAAUAACAACUCAUUCUAAACAAUGUAAAAUCACAUCUGUAACCAUUUAUAGUUAAACAGUUGUCGUGCAUCAAACCAAACCGGUUCCUGGUAUCAUUUAUGUAUUAAUAGUUAAUUACUACAACAUCUAAAACAGAGCAUUAUGGGUAAUUUAAGUGUUUUCUUAAGCACCAAGGAGAAAAGAAGACCAAGUUAGAUUGAUUCAUUAUGUUCUGGCGUUUGGGAAUCAGACGAUGAGUUUGGCUGAAUGUUCGUUCAGUGAAUUCUAUAAUACAGUAUAUUAAUUCUAGCAUUUGGGACACUGGCUAAAUCUCAGUUUAUUGACUGUGUAGUGACUGGAGUUUUGGAUUCCAUUUAAUCACAUCUGCAUUUUGGUUCACCUUAAAUGUAUUACAUGUAUGAAAAUGUGCAUUUCUAUGACUGUUUAUUUAUUGUUACAUAGUCAGUGCAGUAAAUAUUUUCUCACUUAACAGCCUCAUUCUCAUACUGUACAUUUAUUCUUCAUAUUUAUUAGUCUGAUCUUGACAGCGUAUCACUUUUUUUUAAUGCUAUGCAAAUUAAUUCACAGUAUGUUUGACAAUAUCGUGCAGGACUUUGCUUUUUUUCUUUGUUUUCUUUAUUUACCGUCCUUACGAAUCUGGUUUUCAUGACCUUCCUGGAUGCAGUUCACAAAAAAGUGAAUAAGAAAAAUUGUCUAUGUACAUAAGAAAUUGCAUAGAAAUGUUUUUGGGUAUGGUCAGUGUUAAUAGAUGACGAUGAUCUGUACGUAUUCAUGAUUUACGAACACUGUAUUUGUUCUAUUAAAAAAAAUAAAAAUUAAAGUGUGCUCCUUUCAGUAA